CGUGUUGCAGAUCUGGAGCCAGUGGACUACACGAUGGAAACGAGCGGGGACAAAGUGCAGAAGAAGCCUAUUUGCCUCAUUGCAGCGGCCUGCAAUGAUAUGGGCAUCGGGAAAGACUGGGUAUUGCCCUGGGAUUUACCAUGUGAAUUCCAGAACUUUAUGAACCACGUCACCAGGGUGUCGAGACCAGGAAAGAUGAACUUGAUGGUCUGGGGCAAACUGUGCUGGUUCUCCAACCCCAAAAAAAACUUCCCAGUGGCCAAUACUCUGCAUGCGGUGCUGAGCAACACAAUGGACGCAGCUCCAGAUCACGCCCACUUCUUGUGUCCAGACUUAGACAGUGCUGCCCGUCUGGCUGCACAGCCCCCCCUCGCUGACCUGAUCGAGACCAUCUGGGUUGUUGGUGGGACGCAGGUCUACAAGGAUGCACUGGAGCACCCGUGGUGUGACUUGGUUUACCUGACGGAUGUCAUGGCGGAGUUUGACUGUGACGUUUUCUUCCCUGAGUUUGACAGAGGACUCUUUAAAGAACAAGAAGGAUAUCCUCAUGUACCGAGUGGAAUUCAAGAGGAGAAAGGCAUUAAAUACAAAUUCCAAGUGUUCAAGAAAGUGAUUGGUGACGAGGUGUAGACAACUAAAAACAGGAAAUCAACAGAAUGUCAAAAAACACUCAAAGUAACUCAUUCCUUGAAGACCUUUACAGAUUUAUUGCAGAGUCAACUCCUGGAUAGACUGUAGAGACUACUGCCAAAAGCCAAACCCACAGUGGGUCAUUAUGUAAAUGAUAAUGUACAGCGAGCCGGUCAUUGUUGUGGAAUAAACCCAGACAGGGCGAUGCAGCACCCGCUAGCUGUUCAUUAUCCCGCUUAUAACACGGCUACUUACUUCAGAAAUCAA